ACCCGUUGUCGAGACAAUCGUCGUUGCAUGAUCAUAAAACCCGGCACGAGAAAGCGAGGAGACGACAGAGACGAGGCGAUGGCUCAGUCCGACGAACUCGAAGCUCUCACCAAAGCCUUCUCAGGACAUGGAGUCGAUGAGACGACGCUCAUCGCAGUGUUGGGGAAGUCGCACCCGGAGAAGAGGAAGGCCUUCAGGAAGGGGAACCCGCACUUCUUCAAGGAGGACGAGAGGAGCUUCGAGAGGUGGGAUGAUCACAGGAUCAAGCUCCUCAAGCGUGAAUUCUCGCGAUUCAAGAAUGCCGUGGUGCUCUGGGCCAUGCAUCCUUGGGAAAGGGACGCGCGUCUCAUGAAAGAAGCCUUGAAAGAAGGUCCAGAUUCUUAUAAUGUCCUUAUAGAGGUUGCCUGCACGAGAUCGUCAGAAGAGCUACUGGGAGCAAGAAGGGCUUACCACUCCCUCUAUGAGCACUCGAUUGAGGAGGACGUCGCUUCCCACGUCCAUGGCCCCGAACGCAGGCUAUUAGUGGCACUAGUCAGCGCAUAUCGGUAUGAAGGGACGAAGCCUAAGGAAGAUAAUGCGAAAGCCGAGGCAAAGACUAUUUUAAAUGUCAUCAAGAGCGGUGAAAAGACCGACAAUGAAGAGGUCAUAAGGAUACUAACGACAAGAAGCAAGCUCCUUCUUAAGGCAGUCUAUAAAGAUUACCAGGAAAUCAGUGGCAGUAACCUUGAUGAAGAUCUUAAAUCUGACUCGAGACUACAAGAGACGGUGCAAUGCCUAUGCACUCCUGAAAGAUACUUUAGCCAGGUUUUGGACUUGGCAUUAGAGAUUGAUGCAGACAAAAGCACGAAGAAGGCAUUGACUAGAGUAAUCGUAACCCGAGCUGAUGUCGAUGUAAAGGAGAUUGACGAAGAGUUCAACAAGAUGUACGGAGUUCGCUUGACCAAAAAGAUUGAAGAUACAGCUAACGGGAACUACAAGGAUUUCUUGCUCAGGUUGAUAGCUAAAGGAGACUGAUCCUGAUUGCAGAAUCUGCCUUAUCGAUUGAGAGUGACUCGACUUUUGAGUCGUCCUGAAAUUGUUGAUGUAAUUGGGAUGUUCCCUGAUUUUGCUUGUUCCCUUCUUGAGCUCAUUAUAUCUGAGCUUUCCUUGUGCUUGUAUCUGUCUUCUGUAACCUGAUAGAGAGUGUAAUAAAAUCCGGAGCCGAAAACCCUUCGAGUUGGUUUUCAGUUUUCACUAAAAA